ACCCAACCCCUCCUGGCGCGGGCCCCGCGUGUCAUUGAGCUCAUAGCUUCUCUCAACGAUCCCCUUUCCCCGCAAGGCCGGAGCCGAGCUGCCGCCGGCGCCAUGGCGGGAGGCGUCCUGGCGGCGGCGUGGGAGCUCGCCGUCGUAUUCCUCCUCCGACCCCUCUUCGCCGUCGCCUUCGUCCUCACCCUCAUCCUCCUCAGCUGGUACGUGGCGUGGAGGACGGUGCUGGUGCACGUGCCGCUGGUGCAGGAGAUCGCCGGGCUGCGCCCGAAGAAGCCCGCCAAGCCCAAGCCGUCCAACCGCGGCCGCAUCGCCAGCUUCUACCAGUUCCAGGCUGAGGCCGCCCAAAGGAACAGCAAAUCAGAAGGGACAUCGUAACCUAAAACCUCUAGCGUUUUGCAUGAAGUACCUGCAGGCUGUAGUAUUUCAAAUCUCAUUCCAAUAUGGAAUGCAAUACUUCAAAUGAAAUGACGGGUCUUUUUCAAAGAGAGAACGGAAGUCAGCAUCUGAUGGAAGCUUCCUGCAUGGCAAAUGUAUAUACAUCAAGUUUCCACAACAAGGAUAACACCAGUGUAUCCACUAUAUAUUGCACCUUGUAAAGUUGAGGAUCCUGUAAUACUAGAUUGUACAUAUACCUGUACAAGAACAAAGAGAACCACUUGUCCUUUGGAAUAUCAAUGUACCAUCACUUGUUCAAAGUUUUCUUUGUUAAGUUCA